CACGUUCCAGAGCAGGAACUACUUUCCUCCAGCACUUGACACUGAUGAUCGCCUGCUUGCUGUGCCCUUGUUAGCCAUGAAGCUAACUUAAGUCCCCCAUUUGGAAAUAUGAAUUGAGUUAAAUUUUUGAAAAAGAGAACUAACAGACACUUAUAUUUGCUAUUAAGUUGCUUAUAGCAAGAUGUUACGAGCCGGAAGUAUAGUGACCUGCAUGGCCUGCAGGAAUCUGCUUCCUUCCAGAAUGGGAGUAAAGUUUCGAGUACCACUGCAGAAACUGCACCCACUCUCCCGUGCCAUCCACCAUCGCUACAACGCAAACAGCAAUCCACAGAGACCACCCCACUGCUCGGCAGCUCGACAUUACACAUCUCUCUCUAGACUCCCCAUGUGCCCUCCGAAAUCCCGGUCAGGGGGCCACGGCUAUCAACAGCAUCGGACCUUCUGGGUGGCCCGUCUUGCUGCCAGACUGCUGAAAUUGAGGUACAUCGUGCUGGGCUCGGCAGUUGGAGGUGGAUAUACAGCAAAAAUGACGUAUGAUGAGUGGAAGGACAUGUUUCCUGACAUGAGCCAAUACACAUGGAUUGUGCCAGACUUUGUUUGGGAGCUGAGUGAAAAUAUUGACUUGGCCAAGCUUGCCAGUGCUUUGCCUGAAAUGGAAGAGAUUGCCAAACUUCUGCCCGACAUGGAAAAGAUUGGCGAGAACUUUACCUUCCUGAAAAGUCUUCUCUCCAGUGGUUUGGGUAGUGAAGUCAAUGGAGCUUCUGGUCUGCUUCUGUUAUUAGAAACCACAGGUGAAUCGGCCCUGAGAGCACCAGAUAUUCCACCAACAUCUGCAUCUAUGUCUGACAGCAGUGAUAAACAGUUCAAAAAGCAGGGGCUGCUCAGCGAGCUCAUUCUCAUUCAGCAGCAGAUCCAGCAGCACGAGGAGGAGAUGCGGCGGGCGGCGGCAGCCAAUAAUGCUCCGCCUCCGCCGCGUGAACCCCGCCCCAGCCCGGCCCCGAACCCCUCGCAACCCAAACAUAAGUCAUCUGAUAAAGAAAAAGUUGACCAGCUUCAAGAAGAACUUCUUCGAACUCAGUUGAAGUAUCAACGAAUGCUGGAACGUUUGGAGAAGGAAAAUAAGGAACUGAGAAAAGUCGUCCUGCAGAAAGAUGACAAGGGCAUUCACCAACGAAAAGUCAAGAAGUCUUUAAUUGAUUUGUACUCUGAGGUCCUGGACAUCCUUUCGGAUUAUGAUUCCAACUACAAUACCCAAGAUCACCUGCCACGAGUUGUGGUAGUUGGAGACCAGAGUGCAGGAAAGACCAGCGUGUUAGAGAUGAUCGCUCAAGCCAGGAUCUUUCCCAGAGGCUCUGGAGAGAUGAUGACUAGGUCUCCUGUCAAGGUGACGCUAAGUGAAGGAGCUCACCAUGUAGCAAUGUUCAAAGACAGCUCCCGUGAGUUUGACCUUGGGAAAGAGGAGGAUCUGGCAGCCUUAAGGCAUGAGAUCGAGAUCAGGAUGAGGAAGAGCGUGAAGGAGGGGCAGACGGUCAGCCCAGAGACUAUCUCUUUAAGUGUUAAGGGCCCGGGAAUCCAGAGAAUGGUGCUGGUUGACUUGCCCGGAGUCAUCAGUACUGUGACAACAGGAAUGGCCGCUGACACAAAGGACACGAUUUUCAGCAUGAGCAGAGCUUACAUGCAGAAUCCAAAUGCCAUCAUUCUCUGCAUUCAGGAUGGCUCAGUAGAUGCCGAGCGUAGUAUAGUCACAGAUCUGGUCAGUCAAAUGGACCCUCAGGGCAAAAGGACCAUCUUCGUUCUCACCAAGGUUGACCUGGCAGAAAAGAACCUGGCCAGUCCAAGCAGAAUCCAGCAAAUAGUUGAAGGAAAAUUAUUCCCAAUGAAGGCAUUAGGCUACUUCGCUGUAGUAACUGGCAAAGGCAGUACUAAUGAGAGCAUAGACUCGAUAAAGGACUAUGAAGAGGACUUCUUCCAGAACUCAAGACUGCUGAGAGAUGGCAUGUUGAAAGCUCAUCAGGUGACCACGAAGAACCUGAGUCUUGCUGUGUCCGACUGCUUCUGGAAGAUGGUCAGAGAGUCAGUGGAACAACAAGCUGAUGCCUUCAAAGCAUCCCGAUUUAAUCUGGAGACUGAAUGGAAGAACAACUACCCUCGCUUAAGAGAGCUGGAUAGGAACGAGCUCUUUGAAAAAGCCAAAAACGAGAUCUUGGAUGAGGUGAUCAGCUUGAGUCAGGUUACACCAAAACACUGGGAAGCCAUCUUGCAGAAGAAGCUUUGGGAGAGGGUCUCAACGCAUGUUAUCGAGAACAUAUACCUGCCUGCUGCCCAGACCAUGAACUCAGGCACCUUCAACACCACUGUAGACAUCAAACUCAAACAAUGGACUGAUAAACAACUUCCUCAUAAAGCACUAGAGGUUGCAUGGGAGACGUUGCAGGAAGAGUUUGCCCGCUUUAUGGCAGAAUACAAAGGGAAAGACCAGGAUGACAUCUUUGAUAAGCUUAAGGAAGCUGUUAAGGAGGAGAGCAUCAAACGGCACAAGUGGAAUGAAAGAGCAAUGGAUAGCUUGAGAGUGAUUCAACACAAUGCUCUGGAGGAUCGCUCUAUCACAGACAAGCCUCAGUGGGAUGCUGCUAUUCAGUUCAUGGAGGAAACGCUACAGUCUCGUCUAAAAGACACUGAAUCAGUAAUAGAAGAUAUGGUGGGUCCAGACUGGAAGCAGCGGUGGUUAAGGUGGACGAAUCGAACAGCAGAGCAGCACAUUCGCAACGAAACUAAAAACGAGCUGGAGCGUCUGCUGAAGCUUCACGAUGAUCACACCGCCUACCUGGCCAACGACGAGGUCACCACAGUGCGUAAAAACCUUGAGGCCCGAGGGGUGGAGGUGGACCCCGUUCUGAUCAAGGACACGUGGCACCAGCUUUAUCGACGUCACUUCCUGCAAAAGUCUUUGCUUCAUUGUAACCUCUGCCGGCGAGGCUUCUACUACUACCAGAGGCACUUUGUAGACUCUGAGGUAAAAAGACAGACAGGUUGACAGACUUUUUAGAUUUGUAAAGGGA